GACGCGUCUUCCCAGUUUCAAUUUGAAUAGUCGUAACGACUUUUCGCGUGGCGUGAUGCGUGUCAUAGCGGGACGCGAUUCAACCGGCGUCGCGACCGUAUAAAGCUGUUUGAACGCCUUCGAUGCGACUGUGACACUAAAAAGUGCACCGGUUUACAUAAGAAUGAAGUCUGUGCGACCGAAAACGCCAGCUCGUAAGCCGGCCAGUCGGCCGAAGGGGUCGAAUAUGCUGUCGAAAGAUCCCGUGCAGGUCUAUUGUCGUUUGCGGCCGAUACAGGCUGCAACGGACGUCUCGUGCAUGAGGGUCACGUCUGACACAACGGUGGUUGUCACGCCGCCGGAAUCAGCAGUCAACUUCCGCAUGAUAAUCAACAAGGAGAUCCAAACGACGUUCAGUCGUGUGUUCACACCAGACGUCACGCAGAAGGAGAUAUUUAAAACGGUCGCUCUUCGCCUUGUUGAGAAUCUCAUCCACGGAAAGAACGGUCUCUUGUUCACGUAUGGCGUGACAGGCAGCGGGAAAACGUACACGAUGACUGGAGAGCCCCAGGACGCUGGCAUCAUGCCUCGCUGCUUGGACGUUAUCUUUAACACUAUCAAGGAUUAUCAGACGAAGAAGUUUGUCUUCAAGCCAGAUAAACUAAAUGGCUUUGACGUGCAAAGCGAGGCUGAUGCCAUGUUGGAUAGGCAGCACGAGCUUCACGCGGGUCUGUCGCAGAGAGCUGGAAGGCCUGCUAAACACCGUAAAAUAGACAGUGACGGAGACAGCAAUCCAACACUGACUCACGAACGUAACGAAUCCCAAGCUGUAGCAGUCGAGGCAGAUAAUGCGUACGCUGUAUUUGUCACGUACGUUGAAAUAUAUAAUAACAGUGUAUAUGACCUGUUGGAUGAAGACGAUAUCAGAACCAAGACACUACAGAGUAAGAUUGUUCGAGAAGACGGCAACAAGAAUAUGUAUGUGCACGCUGUGACAGAAGUCGAGGUGAAGAGCGCGGAGGAAGCUUUCGAGCUGUUUCAACGUGGACAAAGGAAAAGACGCGUCGCGCACACGGCACUGAAUGCAGAGUCGAGCAGAUCGCACAGCGUUUUUACUAUUCGACUUGUACAGGCACCUUUGGAUUGCGAGGGUGAACAUGUGAUGCAGGAUAAACGAAUCGUGUGUGUAAGUCAACUGUCUUUAGUAGAUUUGGCCGGCAGUGAACGCACGAAUCGCACGAAGAACACCGGUCAACGUUUGCGAGAAGCAGGGAAUAUCAAUAACUCUCUCAUGACUCUGCGCUCGUGUUUGGAAAUUUUGAGAGAGAAUCAGAGUCAAGGUACAAAUAAGAUGGUGCCAUAUCGAGAUUCGAAACUCACUCAUUUGUUUAAAAACUACUUCGAUGGCGAGGGCCAGGUCAGAAUGAUAGUCUGUGUAAAUCCGAGAGCAGAUGAUUAUGACGAGACAAUCCAAGUCAUGAAAUUUGCGGAGAUGACUCAAGAAGUGCAAGUUGCGAGGCCUAAUGCUGCAAAAUUGGAUCUCGGCUUUACACCUGGACGAAGACACGCAAAUAAGAUAUUCAAGGAAGCAAGGAGCAAAUUGGAGAAAGAACGACCGGAAGCCGCUGAUUUGGACCUUGAUCUGGGUCUGGUAUACAGUUUGGGCGGACCAUUUCCUCAAUUGGAAAAUAUUUCUCCAGACGACGAUCAAGUCAUGCAAUCCUUGAUACAAUUCCUGAAGCAACGUAUCAACAAACGCAAUAUAUUCCGCGCGGAUUUACUACGAAAACAAGAGAAUUUCCGAAAAGUGUUGGUAACUGUCGAACAAGAGAACAUCAACCUAAAAGUAGAAGUCGCUUCAUUUAAAGCUGCGAACACGCAACAGAAAAGAAAGAUAUCUGCAUUAGAGGGACACCUUUGCAAAACGGAGUCGCAGAUUGAUAAUCUUCUACGUAAAUUAAAUAGCGCUAACGAAACGAUACGAAAUCUGCAGCAAGAGUUGAGUGAUCGGGACUUGGCGCUGAAUCAACGUCUGAUAGACAGGCAGAGAGUAAAGCAGAGGUAUAACACGAAGAUGCAAGUGGAGACGGACAAGAUGAACAGGGAAUUAGAAAUGAAGCUGCGCCAACAGCGCGAACACCUCCAAAAUCAAAUGAGAGAAAAGGAAGAUAAAUUGCGAUUGGUGAAGCAAAUUCUGGUCGAUGACGACAACAUUCCCGUGAUCUCGCUGAAGGAACCAGCUGCAGAACCGAAAGUGGUCAGCCCAAGUAGAGACAGAAUAUCACGAAAGGACAGAGUACCCGUCUCGAAUCCGAGAUACAGACGAUCGCAAAGCGCUGACAGAUGGGUCGACCACAGGCCUCAGACCCUCGUACCGAUCGGAACCGUUCUGCAACCGUUGAUGCAGAGACGGCGAAGCGUGACGCGGCUCACCUCGCCGAAGGAGCUCACGGAUGGUGCAUCUAGAUAUUGCCUCGUCGCGCAAGAGCACGAUACCGACGGAGAACUCGAGACGAAGUUGUACAAGGGCGAUAUACUGCCGACGAGCGGUGGCGGGGCGCAGGUGGUGUUCAACGACAUGGAGUGCUUGAAACAAUCGUCGCCGAAGGCGAGGAAGCGUACGGGACCGGAGGACGAUGGGAACUUGGACCAGGUGGACGCCUCUACGCUCACGGAGACGAAACGACCACGGAAUGAGUCCUGCGUAAAAGUCUUACGUACUCGGUCAUCUCCAGCAACCACGAUGGCAUUUUAAACGUAUCGUCAGCCGAGGAUUCGGUCUUCUUUUGUGUUUUUUCGUAGGUAACAUUAUCCAUAUUCUUUCUUACUUUAACACUGAUAGUACUGCGUUGCGCUACAGUUUAAUGUUAUGAUGGUCUAAUAACUCGCCAAUCACACAUGUAAUCUACUAUUUUACAGAAAACUUUUCCGUUGCAAGUGGUUUCACGUCCCGAAAAAGUACGAGCGCCUAAUAAUUUGCAUGACUGCGUCACAUGUUCCCAAGUUGUUCAACCGACCGACUAGAAA